GCUGAACGAUGCCUGCUCACCGCGCAUUAUCUUGUGCCGACAUCCUCUACACUGUCCUCGAGCAUUUCCAAAGCUCCGAGGUUUCAUGGUACGACUAUGACCCCGCUACCAACGACGCUGCCGCUUGGUAUGUUCGCGAUUCCGACGCGUCCAACAAGAGCACACUGGCGCGUUGUGCACGGGUCUCCCGGGCUUUUUUCUAUCCCGCCGUCGCCCUGCUCUGGAGGGACGUCGACGACCUCUCGGGCCUCUUCACCCUUCUCGGCGCCGUGUCCUUAUCUUCGGAGCAGCCUCACGGCAGCCUGAUGCGCCUCCCUGCGAAACAGAUCCAGCAGCUCGCAUACCUCCCACAGCAGGCAGCUCGGGCGCUGUGUUAUGCGCGACAUGUGCGCGUGGUCGGGGGUUCCCUGAAGUCCGCCGACAGCGCCACACGCGUCCCUUCAUGGAUCAAGCCACAAACCCUUCUUCCGCAACUCAACCGCCUGCGCUGGGUGCAGCGUGCCUCUGAUAGCACGGACCUUAUGCGCAUCAUGUCCCCCUCUCUUCAUAGCCUUCACGUCGUCUUCAAGAAACCACUAUCAAACUAUGACGAUCUGACCCACGACGCCUCCAAAUCACUUGACGAAGCUUCUGUCCGGGAGCUUGCUCAGCAGAUAGCUGUCAAGGCGUCCAACCUGCGCUACCUCAGAAUCACGACCUCGGGCGAGGUGAAGGAGUCCUGGUUCGAGUCCGUCGGUGACCUCCGGGAGCUGGAGACGUUCGACAUCUUCGAGCCAAUCUACGGACCAGUCACGACACAUCCCCUCCUCCAGCCUCUCGCUUCGCUUCCAAACCUGCAGCACCUCAAACUUCGUCUUCCUGCGGCGGCUGUCCCUCUCUUCGAAUCGAACGCGUUUCCAUCACUUCGAACCCUCACUCUUGAUGCUAUGUUCGCGCCCCUCAGCUCCGUUCCUGCCUUCCUCUCCGCUAUAUCCUCUCAUGCACUCGCGACACUUGCGCUACUCAAUUGCGAGUGCGCCACGACCUCCGUCCACGCCAAGCUUCACGAAGUAACCGACAUCAUUCGUUCCAAAUUCUCUUCCAGCCUUCGCGACUUCACUCUGUCCUUGCGCGGCAUCGGUCCCGAACAAGAGCAACCUCAGCCGCUUCUGCAAACGAUCGAGCCGCUCUUGCAGGUCCGCGGCCUCGUGGACGUGCGUCUGACGAUCGCACCGGAAGUCGCCAUCCUCGCAGCUUCUCAAGACGAUCUCAAGACGAUGUGCGAAGCCUGGCCGAACGCGACGCGCCUGCACCUCUCGUACUUCCCCUCCUCCGCCCCCACCCCCGUCUCCGACCUCGCCGCUGUCUCCCGGCACUGCCCGAACCUCACCGAGCUCAUCCUCCCGGGUAUCGACGGUUCCGCCCCCGACACCGACAGCCUGCCAUCUAGCAAGGACGCGCUUGCCCUCCGAGGGCUGCGGUCGCUGAAGCUGUCCGACUCGGGCUGGUCGUCGCGCAUCCCCGAUCCAAGACGGCUCGCGAAGUGCCUGGAUGCGCUGUUCCCGGCGGUCGACUGGCACUCGCCGCCGCUGAUAUCGGCCGCGUGGUCGGAGGCCGUGCAGGAGCUUGUGCAGCUCAGGAUCACGCGUCUGUGCGGGGGGCCGUGUGCGUGGUGAUUGCGAUGUGGUGGUCCGUCCGCUGUGUACUGGAACGUCAGUUUCGUCGCGGACGACGCUUGUACUUUUAUACGGUACGUGUAUCUUUAGUGCCUCAAAUGGGGCUUCUACUACGUUUUCUUAAUACUCUACACUCUGUACUUUACCU